GGAAGUUUCGCUGUUAAUUUGUUGUCGCUAAGUACUGAGCCAAAGAAGGAAGCUCAAACAUUUGACAGGUCAGCAGGCAGCUUGUCCCAAAGAAGAGGACCACAGUAACUGGAGGCUACAACAACUGAGAGCUUUGUGGACUUCUGGACUUCACAAGUUUAUGAAGGAUUUUAAAGUCACAUGUAAAGAUGAGCGUCCCAGACUACAUGCAGUGUGCUGAGGACCACCAGACAGUACUUGUGGUAGUCCAGCCGGUUGGCAUCGUUCCCGAGGAUCAGUUCUUCAAGAUCUACAAGCGCAUUGCCAGCGUGAGCCAGGUGAACAUCAGGGACUCCCAGCGCAUCCUCAUUCGCUACCGCCACCACUACCUGCCUGAAAACAACGAGUGGGGUGACUUCCAGACACACCGCAAAGUUGUGGGCCUCAUCUCCAUCACGACAUGUGCCACGCCCAAGGAGUGGCCCCAGACGGCCGAGCGCUUCCACGGCCAGAAGGAAGUGUACAGCUCCACGCUGUAUGACUCGCGGUUACUGGUAUUUGGGCUGAGUGGGGAAAUUACCGAGCAGCAGCGCACGGACGUGGCCUUCUAUCCCAGCUUUGAAGAGUGCUCUGAUGUGGAGAAGAGAGUGGAGGACUUUGUGGAGUCCAUAUAUAUUGUCCUGGAGUCCAAGCGGCUUGACCGUGCCACAGAUAAAUCCGGUGACAAGAUCCCCCUGCUCUGCGUGCCCUUUGAGAAGAAGGACUUUGUGGGUUUAGACACGGACAGCAGGCAUUAUAAGAAACGAUGUCAGGGACGGAUGAGGAAGCACGUUGGGGACUUGUGUCUCCAGGCAGCCAUGCUGCAGGACGCGCUGGUCCACUACCACAUGGCUGUGGAGCUGCUCAGGGGAGUUAAUAACUUCCUCUGGCUAGGUGCUGCACUGGAGGGUUUAUGUUCAGCCUCUGUCAUAUUCCACUACCCUGGAGGCACAGCGGGGAAGAUGAUGGGGCGCAAACAGAGUAUCUCCCAGCCACUAGAUGCAGGGAAACGCCACAGAGCAGGGGCUCAGGAGGUUCUCAUUGAUCCAGGAGCCCUCACAACCAACGGCAUUAGUGCGGACACCAGCACUGAGAUUGGACGAGCAAAGAACUGCCUGAGUCCUGAGGACAUUAUCGAGAAGUACAAAGAGGCCAUCUCCUACUAUGGAAAGUACAAGAACGCAGGUGUCAUCGAGCUGGAGGCCUGUGUAAAAGCAGUCAGGGUGCUGGCUAUUCAGAAGAGGGCCAGAGAGGCUUCUGAUUUCCUGCAGAAUGCCGUUUACAUCAACCUGGGACAGCUGUCAGAGGAAGAGAAGAUUCAGCGCUACAGUAUCCUGUCUGAGCUCUAUGAAUUGAUUGGAUUCCAUCGAAAAUCAGCUUUUUUCAAGCGUGUCGCUGCCAUGCAGUGUGUAGCUCCCACCAUCCCAGAGCCUGGCUGGAGGGCCUGCUACAAGCUGCUGUUGGAAACGUUACCUGGGUACAGCCUGUCACUCGAUCCUAAAGACUUCAGCAAAGGACUAAAGCCCCCUGACAACAAAGCUCCUGUGAUUCACAAACCCUUCCACCACGAUAAGUCAGGCGAGCAGGUGGAACUGACAGAAGGGAAGCUGAAGAAGAGCGGAGUGUACGAAGGGGCGAGUAUGUAUGGAGAAGAUCGGAUAGAUAUGGAGGAGCGAGGUUAUGAAGCGCUUUGA